GUACUUUGCACAUGUCCUGUCUCUGGUAGUUUAGUAGUAAGUCAUGGCUGCUAAGCGAGCAUUAGUGAUUUUAUCGAAGGGAGCGGAGGAGAUGGAGACAGUUAUACCGGUGGAUGUGAUGCGCAGAGCCGGGAUUGCAGUUACUGUAGCUGGACUGACGGGCAAAGAGCCAGUUCAGUGCAGCCGUGAUGUCCUCAUCUGUCCAGAUUCAAGCCUGGAGGAGGCAACCAAAAAGGGUCCGUAUGAUGUUGUCAUGUUACCUGGAGGAGCUCUUGGUGCGCAGAACCUGUCUGAGUCUCCUGCUGUGAAGGAGGUGUUAAAGGAGCAGGAGGGCAGGAAGGGUUUGAUCGCUGCCAUCUGUGCAGGACCCACUGCACUGUUGACUCAUGGGAUUGCCUAUGGCAGCACAGUCACAACUCACCCAGGUGCCAGGGACAAGAUGAUGAAUGGAGGUCACUACAAGUACUCAGAGGCUCGGGUUCAGAAGGAUGGUCAUCUAAUCACAAGCCGAGGUCCUGGCACCAGCUUUGAGUUUGCUUUGGCAAUAGUGGAGGAGCUGAUGGGUGCUGAGGUGGCUGCCCAGGUCAAAGCACCACUGAUCCUGAAAGAUUAAUUAUAAAGCUCUUAAUAACUGAAGAACUCUUCUCUUAAAAUGCAUCCAUUAAAUGAAGCAACAAAAUGCACUUAUCUACCGGUCAUCGAGAUUUCUCUCAGCCACUGUAUACUUUUCUCAAAGUAAUGCACCUAACAAAUAAAAUCUUCGAUCUAUUAGUGUUAA